AUGGCUUUGAAGGCCAAAGUGUUGUACGACUUCCACUCUGAAAACCCGGGAGAGAUUUCCAUAACCGAGAACGAGACGGUGACUCUGUUCAGUGAGGAGGAGCUGGAGGGCUGGCUGGAGGGGGAGAACAGCAAGGGGGAGGCAGGUCUCUUCCCCGCUUCCUAUGUGGAGAUCCUAAGAGACCACAUCGCCUCUAGCGCCAGCAACAACGGCUUUUCCUCGCCCAAAGCCCAGUCCCCCGCCCACGCCUCCUACACCUCCUCGGACUCCCAGUCUCAGAGGGGGUUUGGGGCCGGCAGCGGCGGGGGGAGCAGCUUCCACACCAGCCAGGGCAGCGACGACGACUGGGACGACGACUGGGACGACGGCUCCCCGGCGCCGGACGCCGCCAAGGGCCUGGGCACCAGCCCCCCCCUGUACCCGGUCACCACCUCCCUGCCGGGGCGCGGCGGCGGCCAGCAGCAGAGCGGCCAGCAGGCCAAGAGCUCGGCCACGGUGGGGAGGAACCUCAACAGGUUCUCCACCUUCGUCAAGUCGGGAGGCGAGGCCUUCCUGCUGGGGGAGGCCUCGGCGUUCGUGAAGGACGGCGACCGGAUCUGCGUGGUGAUGGGGAAGCACGGGCCGGAGUGGCAGGAGGACCCCUACCCGUUCACGUGCACCAUCGACGACCCCACCAAGCAGACCAAGUUCAAGGGGAUGAAGAGCUACAUGUCCUACGGCCUCACCCCGACGCACACCAAUGUGCAGGUCAACCGCAGGUACAAACACUUCGACUGGCUCUACGCCCGGCUCGUGGAGCGCUUCCCCGUCAUCUCGGUGCCCCACCUGCCGGAGAAGCAGGCGACGGGACGCUUCGAGGAGGACUUCAUCUCCAAGAGGAGGAAAGGUCUGAUCUGGUGGAUGAACCACAUGACCAGCCACCCCGUGCUGGCCCACUGCGACGUCUUCCAGCAUUUCCUGACGUGCGGGGCGGAUGAGAAGGCGUGGAAGAUGGGCAAGAGGAGGGCUGAGAAGGACGAGCUGGUCGGGGCCAAUUUCUUCCUCACAAUAAGCACCCCCGCUGUCCCUCUGGACCUGCAAGACGUUGAGAGCAAGAUCGAAGGCUUUAAGACCUUCACCAAGAAAAUGGACGAGAACAUUGUUGUUGUCAACACGGCCAUCAACGAGUUCGCUCGCAAGCAGAUAACGGGGUUCAAGAAGGAGUACCAGAAAGUUGGACUGUCCUUCAAAUUCCUGUCGCAGGCGUUUGAGCUGGAUCAGCAGGCCUACGCGGUAGGCUUAAACAGAGCCAUCAACUACACCGGGGAGGCCUACGAGGCCAUUGGGGACUAUUUUGCUGAGCAGCCCCGUCAGGACUUGGACCCCAUUUCCGACCUCCUGGACCUCUACAGAGGACAUCUGGCCAAUUUCCCUGACAUCAUCCAUGUGCAGAAAGGUGCGCUGACCAAGGUGAAAGAUUGUCCGAAGCAGGAAGGCGAGCUCCACGACCGCUGUAACAUCAUAUCUUGUGCCACACUGGCAGAAAUCCAGCACUUCCACCGCACGCGUGUACGAGACUUUCGCUCGCAGAUGCAGCACCACCUCCGCCAACAGAUCAGCUUCUUCCAGAAGAUAACCGCCAAGCUAGAGGAUGCACUACAGAGAUAUGACGACGACCAAUAG